AUGUCUACUUCUUCGAGCGCCUCAUCCUCUAGAUCCGCCUCUCCAGAACUACAUUCACAAACCAUGCAAAUCUUCGUAAAAGUCCUAUCAGGCGACAGUAAAUCUCCCAAAUCCAAUGAUCUAUAUACAUCUCAACUAACUCAAUAUCCAGCAAUACCCAUAACGGUCCCCGAAAACACCACAAUAUCAAAUCUCUCACACCUCCUAUCCCUCCGCACAUCAACUCCAUCUUCAACACUCCGUCUCGUGCAUGCAGGGCAACAUUUACUACCCUCCUCAACACUAACCUCCAAUAACAUAACACGAGACUCAACGAUUCACGUUUCGGGCACGCUGAGAGGCGGCAUGCCUCCGAAGAAAAUUAAGUGUAAUUAUAAGGAUUGCGGGGUGGCGGCACAGAGAAUCGUAGGGCACUGUGGGUUCUGCGAGGGACAAUUCUGUGGGAAGCAUCGGAUGCUGGAAGAUCAUAAGUGCGUGAAGUUAGAAGACGUAAGUUAUUCUCCAACUUCUCUUGUACAUGCAUCCCUCGAGGAGUUCGAAUUCGGGAAAUUGGUUCUUCGUGGUGUAUAUGAUGGAUCCGGAAAGAAAGAGAAAGAGGGAGAGCAGAUCCUAUGUCCAUGGUGGCAAGUAGGAUUGGCAGAUGUGGUUUCGAAAACCAUGCAUGAAGAUGGAAUUAUGGACUGA